AUGUUCUCCAAGACUAUCAUCGCAACUCUCCUCGCCAGCACUGUCGCUGCUAGCCCUAUCGUCGCUAGAACAGCCGAUACUACCUACACGCUCCGUACCUUCCCAACUGGAGCUGGGUCGAUCUUCCGAGGCUUGGAGAUCACUGCAGACAGCGGAUAUCUUUGGGUUGGAAAACCUACACCAGCCAUUCAAUUCUCUUUCGAUAACGGACAUGUAAACAUCCAAGGAGGAGAAGAAUUGUAUCUCUCCAACAAUUCAGUCGCAUAUGCUGCUCCAGACGCCAGCCUUUCAUAUAAUGCAGGUUGGGCGUUCGAAGCCCCUUAUAGUGGUCCAAACAUCUCUGUUGGACUCUUGACAUACCCUGGCAACGACUUCUGGGCUUGCUCAACCUCCGAGGCUGAUGUUUAUUCCAUCGCUGUUUUCCCAAGCGAUGCCCGCACUUACCCUGUUGGAUGCGAGAAGAUCCAAUUGAUUGCUCAGUAA